UUAAGUUGUCGAUCGAUGCUGCUUGACUUGCUUUUGCAUCAUUUACUUGCAAGUUCACAAAGUACAAACCAAUUUACGUACAAGUUCACUUACUGAAAGUACGCACGUUUAAGUUUUGAAGUUAUUUACACAGCACGCUUCUCGAGGAGCUAGUUAUUUGAUUAAUUUUUAGCGUGAAGAAACGGAAGAGCUUGAAUUGGUUCGAAACUUAGAAGCCUUCACCCGUUGGCAACAAUUUCAUGAACCACAAUCGACUAGAAUCGAAGUGAUCAUCCUAAAAUGAGAGGAUUUUCCAAUGGACGGUCUCAUCUUGGGAGCAGUAUGCGAUGACAUUGCUUCUAGCAUUUGCUUGACAAAUAUUGAAACUUGAGAGAGUAUUGCUGUCCAUUGCAUGUCUAAAUUUUCUUUUAUUUUGAUUUGAUUUUUGCAGUAACAAUCAGAAUAUUGAAAUGCCGAACAGUCACACAACUGAUGACACCAUGACCAACGCAAAAAGUGAACGUAAAAAGCACAAGAAAAGAAAACAUCAAGGCGAAGAGAAAUGCCAUCAAGGCGAAGGAAAAAUUGUCGAGUUCGACAACGAAGCGAAAAUUACAAAAAAUAAAAAACACAAAAAGCGUAAGGAGGAAAGUGGCGUUUUAGAGAAUUCGAUUAUUGAUACGAAUCCGCCUGAAGGUGUGAAAAUGCCAGACGGUAACGAAACGAGUGAAAUGGUAAAUAAAGCCACUGAUGACGGUGCGGGAAGAGGAAGCAAAGAGCUCCAGAAAGUUGAAUCAGUUCACCCCAGUAAUAGAGAGAGUACAUGUACGGACAUUGCUGAUGAAGCCGGCAAAGGAAAAAAGCACAAAAAACGUAAAAAGAAAGAAGUUCAUGAAGACGGCGAAGAUUUGUCCUAUUUAGACGAGGAUGUCUCUCAGACCAGACCAAUGGGUGGUAGUACACAGAUCGCGGAUCAGAAGAAUGAUGAUGAAACUACUGCUGAAAACAAGAUUUCCAAACAUAAUGUUGUUGAAGCGGUAGCAGCUGUGAAAAAGGAAAAAAGGAAACGUGAAAAGGAAGAACUACACGACAAGUUGAAUGUCGACAAUGAUUUCCUCACUAAGAGCAGAGCCAAAAUCGAGGAAACCAAGAUUGUUGAUAAUGACGAUGAAAUGACGAAUGAAAGUGGAAGAAUUGAAUGCGCGGAGGCUUUGAAAGAUACCAAGGAGGCAGGACCUGAGAAAAAAGGAAAGAAACACAAGAAACGUAAAAAGGAAGAACUUGAUGAUGAAGGCAAACAAAUCUCCAGUGUUGGUCAUGAUUUCUCAAUCAAGAACAGUACAACAAUUGAUGAAACAAAGAGUUUUGAUUAUGGCGAAGAAAUGGGGGAUGAAAUGGAAAGAAUUAAAUGCGAAGAGGAUUUUAAAGAUGCCGAGGACGCAGGAGCUGCGAAAAAAGGAAAGAAGCACAAGAAAAGUAAAAAGGAAGAACUUGAUGAUGAAGGCAGACAAAUCUCGAAGUUUGAUGAUGAGUUAUUAACGAAAAACAGUACAAAAAUCGAUGGAACGACGAUUGUUAAUAAGGAUGAAAAAGCGGGAAAUGAUGUGGGAAAAAUUGAAUGCGAAGGGGCUUUGAAAAAUGCUGAUGAGACAGGAGCGGUGAAAAGAGGAAAGAAGCACAAGAAAAGCAAAAAGGAAGACCUUCGUAAAACCAAGGACAUUUCAACCGUCGAAAACGAUGUUAAGAUGUCUGACGGUAACGGGGAAGUGAAUAAGGAAACGAGCGAUAAAGUUGAAUGCGAGGUGGCUUCAGAACAUGUUGAUGACGCCGUGAAAAAGAGGAAAAAGCACAAAAAACGUAAACAAGGAGAUGGCGGCGAAGCCAAGGAAACGUCGAAUAAGGAAAAGGAUUUCUCCGCAACAAGAAGUCCAACCGCAGAUGUUACAAAGAUGUCUGACCAUAAUAUAGAAGAUGUUGAUGAUGCUGUGGUUGUGAAAAACAAAAAAAGGCACAGGAAAAGUAAACAUGGAGAUGAUGUUGAUGCAAAGGAAACGUUGAUUAACGAAAAUUACGUAGAACGUUCGACUCCUGAUGACGUAAAGAUCUCUGAACAUAAUGUGGAAGAGAAAAAGGAGGCGAGCGGUGAAAAUGUACUCGAGAAAGAAUCCAAACAUGAUGAUGAUGCUGUGGUUGUGAAAAAGAAGAAUAAACACAAGAAACGCAAGAAGGAAGAUGUUUGUGAAGCAAAAGAAAAGUCGAACGUCGAAAAUAUGUCAAAUGAAAAGGUUAAUGAUGAAGAUACGAUCGCCAAUCAAUGGGAAAGCGCCGAAUUUUCCACGCCUGAUAUGAAAGAGAAAUUCCUUCGUUUGAUGGGUGCACACAAGACGACCUCGCGAAAUAAAGAGAAAAACAGCCAUUCCACCAUGGCAAUGAACAAACAACAAGAAAAGACGUUUGCCUCUUCCCUCGAAAAGCAAUUUCUCGAUGCUAGGCAAAUGACUAGAGGCACUGGUUUGGGUUUCACCAAUUCGUAGGCCUUGAGAAUAUGGUUGAAAAUUAAUUAUCUGUUGUGUUUUGUUAAUAUUUUUGCAUUGACCGCGAUUCUGCUCAAUAUUUGGCGCAAUGAAAUAAAUUUCAGAUUUUUGUUUGUAAAA